CUUGCACUUUCCCCAUUCAGAAACUUGUCUCUUCAAUACAUACUCUUCACAACAACAUCAAAAUUCAAAGAAUCAAGAAUCUAGAACACAACCAUCACUCUUCUUUUGUAUACAAGAAUUCCUUCAAAGAGCCUAUUUUUGUUUCUUGAUUUUCGUCGCGAUUAAUUAAGCUAAACAUAAUGAAGAUGAUGAGCAGCAGCAACAACAUGAGAAGUUCAAAGAGGAAGUUGAUCUCAAGCAGAGGGCUCGGAGGAGUCCUUAGAGAGCAAAGGGCAAAGUUUUACAUAAUCAGGAGAUGUGUCGUCAUGCUUCUUUGUUGGAAUGACUGAAAUUCCCUACACCAAAUUUCGAGCAGGGAUGAAAGUCAGCCUUAGUGAUCCAACAAUGCCGAGUGGAAGAGCCAUCACUCAACAGAUAAAAAUUACUUUAGCGAUAACAGGCUAAGAGCCCUUUAACAUAAUUGGCUUAUGGCCUUUAUAUAUUGGGUUAUCAAUUGUCCCUAUCUUUUUUAUUCUUCGUUUUUAUCCUCACUUCUUGGAAGUGUACAGAGCAGAAGUGUAUAUUAGGUAAAGAAGUUUUUUGAAAUUUGUAUACUCAAAUUUGGGCCCUGGAGGCCUUUUAUAUACAUUGACUAGGUUCAAUCAAAGAAAAUAUUGGUUUUGAUUAAGUUUUUCCAAACUCUUUUCCCAACUUUAACUUCCGUUUAAUUUUUGGUCUUUCAUAAUGCUGAUACUUAAUUUUUGAGAGGGUACCAAACCAGCAGUCAAGUUUUUCAGUCCAACUUUUGAGUCUUGCUAGAUGUGAUCAAUCUUUAAUGCUACACAAUUGUUUAGACAAGGAGAUUUUUUGGAAGCUGAUUCAACAAAAUUAACAAUAUCAUCGGGGUAUUGAAUCAAGAGGUUCAAAUUGAGUUCCAACACUUGUGCAGGAUGUGAUUUUUUAAUUUCCGGUGGAAAGGUGUCUUCUCUAAUUAUUGGAAUUUUGCACCUCCUCCUUUCAAGUUCGUCUUAGACAAUCUAUGAUACGGAGGACAUAGCGAAUUCAAGAUUUAAAUUCUAUAUGUUCAACUUUAGAAGUUAUUAGCAUUGAACCUGUUAUAUUUUAAAAGUUAUGGUUCAGAUCACUUACUAAUUGUU